AAAGAUUUAUGACAACUUUUUUUCUAGGGGGUAAAUAAGAGAUCACAACUUAUUACAAAGGGAAGCGAUUCCAAAGGCAUAUCUUCCGUUCUGUCUAAUCUUAUUCUUUGUUUAAAACCCCUCUCCAUGCAUUCUUCUUGUUUACAUAUUUAUUGCUUCCUCUCUAAGUUUGCUGAGUCCUAAUCAUCUAUCUAUCUAGCAAUCUGAGUAUACGUAAGUAUAAAUAUAGAGAGAGAGUUCGAGUAGAGAAAUGGGUUUGGGCUCCUUCAUCUCUACCAUCACAUACUGUUUGUUCCUUCGCUAUCCACACAAGAAGCCUAAGCACAAAAGUCACCUCAACUAUUACCACACCAUGCCAAGGGCUCGUCCACUUUCUUUACAGACGAUAGACCUGACAGUAAGGAUGUGCUGCAGUGGAUGCGAGAGAGUAGUCAAGCAUGCCAUUUACAAGCUGAGAGGGGUGGACUCGGUGGAGGUGAACCUGGAGAUGGAGAGAGUUACGGUGGUUGGGUACGUGGAGAGGAAGAAGGUGCUCAAGGCAGUGAGAAGAGCCGGUAAGCGAGCCGAGUUCUGGCCCUACCCGGACAUGCCUCGUUUCACUUCCUCCGACCAUUACUUCAAAGAUACCACCCGCAAGUUCAGGGAGAGCUACAACUACUACCGCCACGGCUACAACCUUAGUGACCGCCACGGUCACAUUCACGUCACCAACCGUGGCGAUGAUAAAGUGAGCAACUUUUUCAACGACGACAAUGUCCACGCCUGUCGCCUUAUGUGAUGAUCUUCCUCUUUUUUUCUUUUUUCUUUUUCGCUAUCUGUGUUGAUACAUAUUGUAUCUUCUUUAGGGUUGCUUAACUAGUUUGUAUGCAUAGGCGGGAGAAAAAAAAGAAAGUAAAUGCUUUUUUAAAA